UUUCAUUCUCUCUCUCUCUCUCUCUCCCUCUCCCUCUCCCUCUCCCUCUCGCCCGACAAGUUUCUUAAGGUCUCAGAGCUGCAAAAACUGGACCAUUGGAAUGGAUACUAAUGCAGUUUAUGUUGCCACUGAAGGUGUCAAUGCGGGUGAGUUGGAGGCACAUUCAAGUACUGUUCACCCACUUGAAGGGAUCUCGUCCAGUGGAGAUAUAAUGCAAGAACUAGAGGUUGUAACAAGAGUUGAACUAGAUGUGGCAUGUUCUUCUGAGAAGUUAGUUAACUUGAAUAUACUUAUGAUGCACGUGGCUACGAGGGAGAGUGAUUUUGAGGGCUUUGUUUCAGAGAGAGAACAUAUCUCAAGUGAUUCUGCUGAGAAGGCACUGGAAUUUGAUCUCUUAUCUGGAAUUUUGGAUUCAGAGGUUAGCGAAUUGACUGACUUUAUAUCUACUCUCCAGAUGGAGAUCAUAAAUGGCCAUGAAACUAUAUCAUCACUUGAGCACUUGGGAAAUGUUUUCGAGGAAAUGGAAGAAAAGUUACAUGAUUCUGAAGAAUCGUUAAAGCAGUCACUAGACCAGGUAUCAGAAAUAAGGAUGCAGUCUGCUAAGUUCCAAAGGAUCUUGUUCAGUUAUGGUGGACAUGAAAAUUGGAAUGAUGACAAUGGAGUGGACUUUGUAGAAAAUGGUGAAAACCUGAAUGCAAAGAUAAGAAUGCAGACUGCUGAACAACAGAGGCAUGUUCUGAGGAUGCUAGAGAAAUCUUUGGCAAGAGAGUUGGAUCUCGAGAAGAAGGUAGCUGAUUCAAGACAAAUUGAAGAUGAACUGAAACUAAGGCUGAACUCUUCAGAACAUGAAGUGUUUUGCAUGGAUGAAGAAACAUCAGUCAUUUUGGAAAGGUUGUUUGAGGCGGACAAUGCUGCUGAGGUUCUUAUGGGAAUUUCCAAAGAAAUAUUAGGUCAACUCCAGAUAGUUCAGUUAAAUCUAAAUAGUUCACUUCAGCGAGAAGGAGAACUGAGUUCUAAGCUUCAAGAUUCCAUGGAAAAGCAGAAAGCGGAAGACAGUGCUUUACAGAAGCUAGAAAGCAGCCUCAGUGAAGCCAGAAAUAAAUUAAUCGUCUCCAAUUCAGCGGUCUCUACCUUGAGGGAGAAGGUGAGUUCACUUGAGGAGCAACUGAAAGAAUCUGAGAAGGUGGAUUUACUUGAGAAACAGUUGAGGGAAUCUGAUAUUCAGAUACAGCAUGCGGUGGCAUCUGCUGAAGCAAGUCAGGAAAAGCAAAGCAUGCUGUAUUCCACAAUUGUUGACAUGGAAAAUGUAAUUGCGGAUCUGAAGUCAAAGGUUUUAAAAGCUGAAAACCGGGCUGAGAAUGCAGAAGAGAAGUGUAUUAUUUUGUCUGAGUCUAACUCUGACCUCAGUGAAGAAUUGAGUUUUCUUAGAGUUAGAAUGAAAUGCUUGGAGGCAUCGAUGCAUCAAGCUGAGGAUAAAAAAGUGGCAAUGGCAAAGGAUAUCAACAUCCGGACUAAAGUGAUAACAGAUUUGGUCAUGAAACUGGCUCUUGAAAGAGAACGCCUUCACAAACAGAUAUCUUUGCUGACGAAGCAGAAUAAAAUUUUGCUGGAGAAUUUACUGCAUAAGAAUAAGAAUUCUUCUGUAACUUUGAGCCAUGACGGCAAAGGAAUUGGCAAGGGAAUUUUGCUUUCCAAGCAUGAUAUCACUACCACGACUUGUAAAGAAAGUAAAGAAUCAACUAAGUUCUCUGCUACCAGUUUUGAGCUAGACAAGGAGCCAAAACAAGUUUCUGCUGGUGAGGCUGAAUUGGGGCCUGCUGGUUCUACAUCCAAAUUUGAGACUCAGAGGAAUAUAGGUGCAAGGCAGCUUAACUUUAAGUGUGUUUGUAUGGGAGUUCUCACUUUAGCGAUUCCAAUCAUUGCAGCCUUGUUGUUUCAACAUCCAAACAGCUAAUUUUGAUGGUUUUGGUGGACCUAAUUGUCUGACCUGGGGAGUUCAUGCUCUUCACUCAUAGAGAACCCUAAAUGCAAGAGAAUUGUUCACUCCUUUCAGAUUGGUUGGUGAGUUUUUGAGUUUCUUGGCUUCCCAUAAGCUUCUCUCACCUUCUGUAGGAAAGCUUUAUAAGGAUGGGUGUUGGGAGAGCGAAAACUAGCAUCAUGAUCGAUAAUUUGGUCGAAGAUAUGAUUGUCUAUGUACAAUUUACAAAAUUUCAUCAGAUCGAUCUGCACUAAGGAUAGUUUCAGGUAUUUGUCUCCCUCAAGAAGUCGUCGAAGAAAGUUCCUUCCUGUCGAGCUUCUUCUACCUUUUUGCUAACAGAUCUUAUGUAGAGCCUCGAAUCAAGAUUUUGUUAAAUAGAAUGUAUUAAGCAGGUUAUGUAAGAGAUGACCCUCAUCAAAAUUUUGAAGUAAUGACAACUUAGUUGCAGGCUUCGAUGUCUAACUAUUCUAUAGUAUCGUUUCUUCCCUAUAUCUUUUCAUUCAUGGGUUAUAAUUUGUUUUUGCAUAAAAAUUGAUUAGUUUUGUCUGAAGCCCAAUUCACCGAUUUCACUAGCAUACUGAGUGACUGGUUUUGCAGUAAUCCUUUUAUUUAUUUAUUUUUUUUCCCUUGUCAUGUCAUGCACAUUUCAAAUGAUAUGGUUUGUUUUGGUUUCCAUGGGUAUCUUUUCAUUGUUCAGAACAAAAUAGCGGAUGAAUUGUUAUUUCCUAUUGUCAAGAGAAAUGGUGAGUUUUCAUUGGUUUGGUUGGGUGUACUAUCUGGAGGUACUGAAUAUUUUUCUGUUCUUGGGGCUCUCUUUUUUGGUGCGUGUGUGAAAUCAACACCAGCUUUAUGCAGCUUAUAACCUGCAUUCUGGGGUUUUUAUCUCCUCAUAAUGCUUUUAGAUAUGAACAGAAGAACAUUGCAACAUUUGGACAGAGAUCAAAGCAAUUGGAAUUAGGAAUUACUCAAUGGCCUAGUUGGUAACUUGGUAGAGCGUCCAGCUCCUCGAACAGGUUUACCCGUGAUCGAUUUACCCGUCCCCUGUACAUGACCAAGCACGACUCCAGCAUCCAAUGUAACUAAAAUCAGACCACAGGAUUCAAAGCAAAAGCACGAGUCAAUCACCAUUGGGUUGAAUGUUCCAACAAAUCAACGGGGCAGUGGCCUAGUGGUAUCAGUCUUUUACUUCCUAAAGGGAGGUCAGGGGUUCAAGUCUCAUAAGAGAUGUAUGUGUGUGAGUACUAACUAGGAAAAAAAAAAAAAAAAAAAAUUU